ACGAGGCUUUCCAGUUAUAGAAAAUGAUUCGAUUCAAAAGAAAGUGAGGGAAACAAAAUCCAGUCACAGGCAUGUCCCUCUGCCUGCUCAACCUGCCGCCGUUUCAUCGACAAUGAAUGGCACUUUACAAAGGACUCAAUCCACCGCCCAAAACCUAGCCUCUCUCUUCCGCUCCGCCGCCGCCACCCUUACAUUUAGGCGCGCUAAAACCUCCGCCGCCAGGAGGAAGGGACGCGCACUCUUAAAUUCUCCUAGCAACACUUCCUCCCCCUCCUCCUCCGAUGACGUUCGCCUGAAAGGCUACAUCUCAUCCGUCAAACCCCCCUCUCCCGCCGCCUAUCUCAACACCAAACGUGAAUCAAACCAACUCCUUCUGCUCUCCAACUUCAAAGCGCCGCUUUCUGCUUCACCUGUUCCCAAUUCCUCUCUCGGCUCUAUUGUCUGUGGUAGCUUGACCUCGGAUUGCGUAGAUAAAGACGAUGAAUCUGCGGACCAACUGGCUUCACAUGCAUCCAGCGUAUUGUAUGAUGAAAUGGACUUGAAUUGGGAUGAUGAUGAGGACCAAGAGUAUCUGCAAGUCAAAAGUGUUAUGGUGAUGCCAUGGUUGGAAACACUGUCAAACAACUGGGCUUCAGAGUGGAGGAAAGAAAUCUCACAUGUUAAGAAGCAGAAGUGGGUGUUUAAGGACGGACAAGAUCCUGGCUACAAACGCCUGGUCAAAAUGUGUGCCACAAAACUGGGAUCAGAUCAAACUGUUGCAUUGUUUGGGAAGUUGGGACGAGAAAAUGGCCUGGAUGAAUUUAAUAUGUUAAUCAAGAUAUGCAUAGAGAAGGCAAGAGAUACCACAGAUGAAGAUGUUUCAUUACGAGAGAUUUAUAAGGCCUAUCAAUUAUUCUUAAGGGUUAGAGAAUCAGGGUUUCAGAUAGAAGAAAAAACGUAUGGCCAGUUCCUGAUGUAUCUAAUCGAUUUUGAGAUGUCAGAUGAGUUCUUUUUCUUCCAUGAACUAAUUAGAGAAGACAAUCCCAAUUCACUUCCGCGCCUAACUUAUUAUGAAAUGCUACUACGGGUGAGAGUUGAUGAUGUUGAUACACUUCAACAACUUUGCCUUUCUAUUGCAACUGAACGUGAUGAGAAUUAUUAUCGCCGAGAGGGUUUGUUGCUGGCAUUGUAUGAAAGUGACCGGAAAGAAGAGUUUCUCAUGCUAUUGGAAACUCUUGACAUAUCUAAAGUUACAUCAGUUGCAGUUUUAGAGUGCAUCUUCAGGGGUUUGGGGAAGUUUUUGCUGGAACAUUUUGCAGAAAGAUUUCUGUCGGUGCUGAAAGGAAGUGACAUUGGAGCUGAAAACAUAUCAAAUUUCAUCCUCGAGUAUGCAAUCAGCAUGCCUAACUUAGCGGUUGAAGGUAUCAUCAGAAAGUUCCGAGCUUUGCAUACUAAGAUCGAGGUGUUGCCUACUUCUGUGCAAUAUGAAAAGCUUAUUGCAUAUAGUUGCAAGUUUUUUAAGAUACAUGAGGCACUUGAUGUAGUUGAUGAGGCACUUGGAUCUGGUGUUUCUUUAUCAUUGGACACAAUUCAUUCUAUAUUAGAUGCUUGUGAUCGUAGCUGUGAAUUUAACCUGGUCCAUCAGAUAUAUUCGAGGAUAUCUAACCAUAAUCUGGAACGAAAUAAUGAGACAUUCAGGAGAAUGAUACUUCUAUGUGUGAAGAUGAAAGAUUUUGAAGGUGCAUAUGGACUGAUCGAUGAUUGGAAAAAAGAAUCAACACCAACAACUGGAAUGUACAACGUGAUACUAGCUGGAUAUUUCCGUGAGAAAAAUGUUCAAAGUGCCCAUAAUGUUCUCAAACAAAUGGAAGAUGCAGGCGUGAAACCUGAUGCUAUUACUUACAGCUAUCUCAUUGCCAACACCCAGCGUGAAAAAGAUAUAGCUAAGUAUUAUGAUGAGAUGAGUAAAUCAGGAAUCACACCAACAAAGCAGGUUUUCAUGGCCCUUAUAAAUGCAUAUGCAUCCUAUGGAAAUUUCGAAUAUGCUAGAGAGGUUGCAUCGAGCUAUAAUUUACCAGCAAAAUACUUGAAGGAAAUCAACAGUGUGCUUGUUGGAGCUCUUGCUUCAAAUGGGAAGUUAUCUGAUGCCCUUGAGUUAUAUGAAAAAAUGAAGGGAGACAAUUGUGAUUUAGAUCCCAGAGCAAUUAAAUGUCUCAUUGAACAUUAUCAGUCUGAAGGACAGGUGAACAAAGUGUUGGAGUUACUUGAGGAAUUGAAUGAUUCGCCUCAUUGGGUUGAUGCCUGCUUCAGGGUUAUUUCACAUUGUGUUCGACAAGAGAAUUUGAGAUCCACUGUUAAUUUGCUGAAGCAACUAAAGGAUAAGUUCAUUGAUGCUGAAGUUGCUCUGGAAGUUCUGUUUGAUGAGGUCUUUUGUCUAUAUGCGGAGCAUGAACCAACAGACAUGCAGUUUGGUCUCAAUUUGCUUGAAGCUGUCAAGGAAAAAGUUGGUGUUCGCCCUUCACGGAAAAGUCUGGAUUUUCUCCUCAGUGCUUGCACUAAUGCAAAAGAUACAAAGAGUUCCUUCUUGAUCUGGAAAGAAUAUAAGAGGGCUGGCCUUCCAUACAAUGUUCUGAGUUUCGUAAGGAUGUAUCAGGCUCUUUUGGCUUCAGGUGAUACAAAGUCGGCAGAGAGACUCCUGAACAAGAUACCACAAUCUGAUGCCCAUGUCCGCUGUGUCAUCAAAGCGUGCCAAGAAACGUACGGGAAAGCAGAGUUCGUUAGAAAGAAAGGGACAAAGAAAAAGAAGGCAACAAUGGCGAAGUCUAUUAUAUAGUGUAGAAGCCAAAAACAGAGUAACCAGGCACGCCAAUUGUAAACAUGUAGUCCUCUGUAUUCUUCUAAAUUUCCAGUGUAUUUAACCACAGAAAAGUAGAAUCUAGAGUAGGACAAUGAUAUAAUAAAUCUGCACGAGUUGCAAUAUUUAUUAAAGUGCAUUUCUUGAUUGAUA